GCACUGCAUGGCUGAGGAACGUGGCUUUUAUUCCCUUUCGUCUGACGCUGACUUUGAUGCAUCAUGAAAAGAUUAAUUAUAUUCUAAAAUGACAUAUUUUUCUGCUUGGUCGUGCAUCUGAGAGGCGGCUCUGCUCUGUAAAAUCAUUUGGAUGUCUAGUGACGUAUCCGCCGCUACGCCGUCUGCUCUGGAGGUUGUCAGCUUCUUUGGUAAAACUAUUGGCGCAGGCGCGGCACUUACAGCUGCUGUCUACUUACUCCGUAAAGUCUGCUUAAUAAUGGCCUGGAAAUCUGGAGGAGCCAGCCACGCAGAGCUUGUCAACAACCUUCGCAAAAAUGGCAUUAUUAAGUCCGACAAGGUGUUUGAAGUCAUGCUGGCCACAGACCGAGCGCACUACUCGAGGUGUAACGCAUACAUGGACUCGCCACAGUCUAUAGGCUAUCAAGCAACCAUCAGCGCACCGCACAUGCACGCCUAUGCACUGGAGCUCCUACAUGAUCAGCUGUGCGAGGGCGCCAAAGCUCUGGACGUCGGCUCCGGCAGCGGGAUCCUGUCUGUUUGCUUUGCACGAAUGGUAGGUCCUAAAGGAAAAGUUGUAGGAAUCGAUCACAUCAAAGAGCUGGUAGACGAUUCUAUAAACAAUGUGAAGAAAGAUGACCCCAGCUUGAUAACGUCAGGCCGAGUCAAGCUAAUAGUGGGAGACGGGCGAAUGGGACACCCAGAGGAGGCGCCGUAUGACGCCAUCCAUGUUGGUGCAGCAGCUUCCAACGUCCCCCAAGCUCUUUUGGACCAGCUGAAGCCCGGCGGCCGUCUGAUUCUCCCCGUCGGUCCUGCGGGAGGAAACCAGAUGCUGGAGCAGUAUGACAAGAUGGAGGAUGGCAGUACCAAGAUGAAGCCCUUGAUGGGGGUGAUUUAUGUGCCUUUAACAGACAAAGACAAGCAGUGGUCCAGGUGGAAGUGACUUCCUUCUCCCUCUCCUCCCCCUCUCUCCUUCUCACAGUGGCAAAGGGAUGAACUCUGAAGAAGACGCACCAUAAGCCACCUUUACGUUUGAACCUGGAAGAGACCUGGAUGGGGGCGGGGUCAUACAGGCCUUGCCAUUUCAUUUAAAGCAUUACAAAACAUGCUGGGUUUUUUGGUUUUUGGUUUAAGUCAAAGCGAGGGACUUGAGAAUCACGCCGAUGACGGCCCACUGGGCGGCAAGGGAAGGCUGCUCAAAGCUCGGCGAAGAAAUAUUCAAGAUGGGCUUUUUUGUGUUUUUGUUUUGCAGGCCUACACGUUCUCGGUUCUACGUUCUUUUGAACAGCAGUUUUUUUUUUUUUUUUUUGAGGAUUCACCGUUUGAAUUACAGUCAGAUUUGCGGAGUUACCUUUCAGCAGGAACAAAGCUGAAUGUAGGAGGAACGCAGGAUGGCAACGAAGAAGGCUCGAGCCUUUUAGAUAAUUCACCUUGCUACUCUGUGUGUGUGUGUGUGUGUCAUGUAACUGUAGAUGAUAAAAUAUGAGCUUUCUCUCCCUGCCAGCAGUAUUAGAAUCAUACAGCUACACAGCGGCUGAAGUAACCCACUCAACACGUUUGAUGUGUUGCGUUUUAGGUCACACGUUAAAAACACGGCCCACCGAACAUCCUCUGCAGACAGCAGAGCUCUUAUCCCGCCAACAAGCAUGCACAUUCAGGGCUGUGCUUUCCACCUGGCGCUGGUUUCCGUUUACUACUUUGCAGGCUCGGCGGGUGACUGACGCUAACUGGGAUGGUCGCUUUGCCAAAAUAAAACAAUAUCAAGCAGA